GCGCGCUGUGUUGAAAUGCCUGGCACAUCGGUGCAGAGCGACAGAGCCCAGAGUGCGCUCAGAGUUUCCAAGAGUCUUGGUCUUCCCGCCGCAGCCAUGGCAGAGAACUCCGACAAAGUUCCUAUCACCCUGGUGGGGCCUGACGACAUCGAGUUUUGCAGUCCCCCGGCGUACACCACGGUGACCGUGAAGCCUUCCAGCCCCGCGAGACUGCUUAAGGUCGGAGCCGUUGUCCUCAUUUCGGGGGCGGUGUUGCUGCUCGUCGGUGCCAUCGGGGCCUUCUACUUCUGGAAGGGUAGUGACAGUCAUAUUUACAAUGUCCAUUACACCAUGAGUAUCAAUGGGAAAUUACAAGAUGGGUCAAUGGAAAUAGAUACUGGGAACAACUUGGAGAUCUUUAAAAUGGGAAGUGGAGCUGAAGAAGCAAUUGAAGUUAAUGAUUUCCAGAAUGGCAUCACAGGAAUCCGUUUUGCUGGAGGAGAGAAGUGCUACAUCAAAGCGCAGAUGAAGGCUCGUCUUCCUGAGAUGGGCACGAUGACCAAGCAAAGCAUCUCCUCGGAAUUGGAAGGCAAGAUCAUGCCCAUUAAAUAUGAAGAAAAUUCUCUUACCUGGGUGGCUGUUGACCAACCUGUGAAGGACAUCAGCUUCUUGAGUUCUAAAGUCUUAGAACUCUGUGGCAACCUCCCUAUUUUCUGGCUUAAACCUACAUAUCCAAAAGAAAUUCAGAGAGAAAGAAGAGAAGUGGCAAGAAAAAUUGUUCCAACUACCACAAGAAGACCACGCAGUGGGUCACGGGGCAGCCCGGGCCCUGGAAGACUGAGUAAUGAAACCAGACCUAGUGUUCAAGAGGACACUGAACCCUUCAAUCCUGAUAAUCCUUACCACCAACAGGAAGGAGAAAGCAUGACAUUUGACCCUAGACUGGAUCACGAAGGAAUCUGCUGCAUAGAAUGUAGGCGGAGCUACACCCAUUGCCAGAAGAUCUGUGAACCUCUGGGGGGAUAUUAUCCAUGGCCUUAUAAUUAUCAAGGUUGCCGUUUGGCUUGCAGAGUUGUCAUGCCAUGUAGUUGGUGGGUUGCCCGUAUCUUGGGCAUGGUGUAAAUUCAUUUCAUGUAUCAGGUGAUGUCAAAUAAAAAUUAACUUGUGAGUUGACAACCAAAGAAGCAUAAAGCAUGCUGAUGCUGAGGGACCAUAAAGUAUUUCAUUCUCAACCAGAGCAAUGGUAUCCUGAACAAAAACAGAACUUCUCAACUGCUUUCCAGAACUUUAUCUAGUAUAUGCAAGUACACUGAAAAGACAGUAUAAGUCUACAAUGCCAUGAUAUCUUUAUUUGCUUUGCUUUAAUAAGGCCUACUGUAAUUCUUCCCAAGCUAUUAAUAAACAUGAAAAUUUUACAAUGUG